UACUCACAAACUAUAUCUAAAUCUAAUCGUCCAUCUACUUCUUAUUCUUCCCCUUUUUUUAAUUCAUUUUAUACUUCCCACUACCUUGUUCUAAUCAUUGGAAUCCAUUUCGAAUUAAGGCCUCCCUAUUCUUUUUUUUCUGUUUUUCUCUUCCUCUCUUGAAACCCUCGAGUAAUCUAUGUGCUUUGACGCCCAUCUAUUUGAUUGGAUUUGAGGGUUUUUCUUUUUAUUUUGUUUCAUCUUUUUCUUUCUUCGAUUGGGUAUGGCUUUGAUUUCGGUUUUGGCGGAGAUUUUGGGGAGACCCAGAAUUGUUGAUGUACUUGGCGAGCUUAUGAUCUUUAUUGCUCCUCUUUGGGUUGCGGUUGUUGUUGGGGUUUUGGUUGGGUGGACGUGGAAGCCGAAAUGGGCUAAUUUGGGAAGAGAAAUGUUGGAUUCUUCAGUUUCUGAUGAUUCUAAGCCCUCAUCGACAUCUUUUUCGUUGUUGGGAUCUUUCCCGAGCUUCAAUUCCUUGAGUUUUCCGAUGCCCAGCUGCAUAUCUACCACCUUCGAUGGAAAAGAUGAGAAGGAAAGUUCCCCUCCGCCGCCAAGCUCCCAUUCCGACUCCAGUUUGUCAGAACUUGAAGUGGACAAAUUGAAACUUGUGAAUGGAAAUGAUUUGGAGUAUAUAUAUAAGCUAGUUGAAGAGAAAGAUGGAGGUCCAGCAUGGAUUCAAAUGAUGGAUCGUUCUACUUCGAAUAUGGGUUAUCAAGCAUGGAGAAGAGAUCCUGAGACUGGUCCUCCACAAUAUAGAAGUAGAACAGUGUAUGAAAAUGCAACUCCGGAGAUGGUGAGGGAUUUCUUUUGGGAUGAUGAUUUUCGGUCAAAAUGGGAUGACAUGCUUAUUUCUGCUAAAGCUUUAGCAGAAUGCCCAACAACAGGAACAAUGGUAGUCCAUUGGGUGCGCAAGUUUCCUUUCUUCUGUAGUGACAGAGAAUACAUAAUUGGGCGACGAAUUUGGGAAGCAGGACGAUCAUAUUACUGUGUCACAAAGAGUGUACCAUGUUCCUCUGUACCCAGACGCAACAAACCCAGACGAGUUGAUUUAUACUAUUCAAGCUGGCGUAUCCGUGCAGUUGAAUCAAGAAAGGGUGAUGGACAGUUAACUGCAUGCGAAGUUCUGCUGUUUCACUACGAAGAUAUGGGCAUUCCUUGGGAAAUUGCUAAGCUUGGAGUUCGGCAGGGAAUGUGGGGAACUGUUAAAAAGAUCGAUCCCGGGCUACGAGCAUACCAAAAAGAGAGAGGAUUAAGAUCAACCAUACCACAUUGCGUGUUCAUGGCUCAGAUCAACACCAAAGUUAAUGUAGACUACUUGAGAUCUCUGGAAGAUAGCACUCAUAAUGAUUCAUUGGAGGAUCAAAGUUCAAACUCAAAUGAAAAACCAGUUGGGAAGAACAUUCCCAAACUGCUUGUGGUUGGUGGAGCUAUUGUUCUAGCCUGCACUAUUGACCGAGGACUAUUAACAAAGGCGGUCAUAUUUGGAAUAGGCAGACGAUUCGCCAAGAUCGGGAGGAGAUUGUGAAGUGAUGCUUAUAACCUGCUUAUUUGCUCUACUCUUCUUGUUUAUAUUUUUCUUUCGUGUUCACCCCGGAUUAGAAAGAGAAUAGAAUGUCUAUACCACCCAGGUGGACGGAAGAAGAUCGACUUUGUCGGGGCUUUCGCACAUAGAAAUUAAAUGUCUUUAAGCAGCAAUCAGAGUGUGUAGGAUCAAAACUUUGUGCCUCAUCCUUCACUGAAGAUGAUAAUGGCAGAUGUGAAUCUCAUUCUCAGUUGGGCAGAAAUUUUUGGUAUUUGUAACCACCUCACUGCUAUGGUACAGCAUAAAUCCAACAAGCAGAGUGAAGGUAUUUUGAAUAUAUUUCGUGAGUCUAUUUAGCCUUUAAA